GCAUUUAUUCCUCCCAUGAUUAAGGCACGGUAGAUUUCAUAAAUGGAUCUAAUCCGUCUGUUUGGAGGAGUUUGUAAUCAUUAUUCUUUAAUACUUUUAACUUUCUCCUACACAUGGAGGAGAUAUAGUGAAGUAAAAUGUAGUAGGCCGACGUCCAGCGGAACAACCGACGAAAUAGAGACUUUCGGUCUGAAAUGGACCAAAAGAUUGCGCAAUCUUUGUUUACAUCUAAUCUUGUCACAUGUGGGCGUGAUGCGAUCAUGGCUGCUUCCACGACUCUUCGAUCCGUGAAAUUGGAUAUCGCUAAAGAUGGCAUAGCAGUCGUCAGAAUGAUCAGAGGAGAUAAUAAAUGGAAUCAACCAUUUUUAAAUGAUAUGCGGGAAGCACUUGAUAAGGUAGAAAGAAAUAAAGACGUAAGAUGUUUGAUCUUCACUGGCCAAGGAAAGUUCUUCAGCUAUGGACUGGAUCUACAUUGGAUUGCCCAACAAACAAAAGAUGUCACUAAAAAGUUUUUGACUGAAAAUGAUGCCCUCGUCCAAAGAGUUACAUUAUUCCCGAUGCCAACCAUUGCAGCUAUGAAUGGUCAUGCUUUUGGAAUGGGUGCCAUCUUUGCCCUGGCUUGUGAUUAUAGGGUGAUGAAAAAAGGGCAUGGCUGGUUCUGCCUUCCAGAAACCAAACUCAAGAUCAAAUUUUCUCCCAUUACCCUUGAGUCUAUCAGACUAAAGUUACACAGAUCCCAAACUUUGCGAGAUGCAGCUAUAUUUGCCAAACGCUACACUGCAGAAGAAGCACUGAGGGCAGAUAUAAUUGAUGAAGCAGUAGAUGAAAGUCAACUCAUGGCGGCUGCUGUCCGCUAUGGUAAUGAGAUUGCGGGUGACGUACUGGACAGAGGUUGUGUAUCGGCUACGAAAGACAAGCUGUAUGGUGCCUCCAUCAGGGCUAAAAGAGAUGAAAUGCUUCGGGGAAUGACAGAGAAAGGCCAGGAUGACCGGAUCGAUGCAUUUAUUCGGGGGGCCCAAAUGAUUACAUCAAAGAUGUAAAAUCCAAUCAAAGCAGCUGCCUAAUUAUUUAAAGUAUUUAACCACUAUUUAGAUCUGUAUUUCUUUAUCUAAAACUUCACAUAUUAAAUUUCAAAUAAUUAUUUAAGGUCAAGUGCACCCCAGAAAAAAACCAAACAAGCUGAAAAUUUCAUCAAAUCGGAUGUACAAUAAGAAAGUUACCACAAUUUAAAGUUUUGCUUAUUUUGCACAAAACAGUUAUAUGCACAACUCAGUGACAUGCAAAUGAGAGAGUCGAUGAUGUCCCUCACUCACUAUUUCUUUUGUUUUUUUAUUGUUUGAAUUUCAUUAUACAGAUUUGACAAUCGGGACCAACUUGACUGACCCAUGAAAUGUUAAAACAUUGGUAAUACCACAUGUUCAGGGAGAAUAAAACUUUUUUUCACUGAACAACGGAGAGAAAUUUGAAUAUUUCAUAUAAUAAAAUACAAAAGAAGUAGUGAGUGAUGUCAUCAGUCCCCUCAUUUGCAUAUAGUAUAGUGUAGUAUAUUAAAUGUCUAAGAAUAUUUUUUUUUCAAUCUUGCCUGAAUUGCACUGAUGUACAGAUGGGGGGGGGGGGGGGGUGGCAUGCCACCCUUGAAGUUUCGCAACCAAGAAAAAGAAAGAGAGAAAAAGAACAAAAAGGAAAAGGAACGAGUGAAAUGUUAUAUUAUUUGGAUAUUAUGUCAAAAUCUAUUUUAAAAAUUGAUUUUAAAAAGGUCAACAUUUUUGGAUGCUUGCUUCGCUUGCAUCUUUUUAAAAACUUUUGCUCCAUCCGCCUUAUCCGAUUCCCUCAAGGUGUUUGGCUCAUUAUGCUGAAUUGAAUCUACUACAGGGUUCCCAGCUGCUCAUUAGGAAAAUCCGGGGAUAAUUAUUUCACUUUUUCCAGUCUGGGAAUAUGACAAAAUUACCCAAAUCAGGAAAAAGUUCGGAAUUUUUAUUGGCCCAACAAUCGAAAGAAGUCAGUCAGACUGUAUUGUAUUGUAUUUUGUUUCAUAAGAUAUCAAAACAACAUCUAUUUGAUGACUGGCUAUGGGGGAGGGGGGGGGGGCUGUGUACUAGUUUUAAUAAGAUUCACGUAACAAAAGUUUUAUAUGGCAAAUAGUUCACUGCAACAACAUAGAAAACAUGUGAAAUUGGAAGUGAGAUGAAAUAAUUAUGGAACUUUGAGACGCGAUGAUGAUGAUGCACAGCAUUUGUAUAGUGCCAUAUAUCUGUCAAAGACAUUCAGAGGCACAUUAGGGGAAAAUCAGGGAAUUUGUUUUCUUGAGAAGCUGGGAAUCGUGUACUUGGACUUGGAUGAGAUAAAAUUGAAUUUCAACCAUAUUUGAUUUAUUAAAAGAAAUAAAUUCAGUUACUCUCAAUGAAUAACUGACCUGUCUUUGAUACAUAAUGGACUGUAAUUAUGAGCAGCUGAAUCAGGGAUUUUGAUUUUGAAUCCUGAACAAACCUCUUGCACAAUGAUAGUUGCACCUUCUACUGUAAAGACCCAGACCGGACCCAAAAAUGAAAAUGACAAAUCAUAUACCAAUCGAAAGUUUAUAGACUACAAAAUACAGUAAUGUAAGCUUUUUUCACAGCUUAACAGCUAGGUAUUUUGCUUAAGAACAGCUCCAAUUAUCACUCUUAGAAAACAGGCUUUAUUGUGCUUUUCACCGGCCUCGAGACCGUGACGUCACGUUGUGUGAGAAGUGUCGUGAUUCCAUAGGUUUGUACACAGAAAAACUGGGUGAUUUUUUUUGCUUUCCGGAUUACGCAUUUCAUUUUCUUCACUUCUAUCACAGAGUGAUAUCACUUAUAUUUUUGUCACAUGCUAUGAAAUCUACAGUUCUGGACUAGUUUUUGCCAUAUUUUAUUUCCUGCUUAUAUGGCACAGAUUUCAAUUCUAUCUGCAUUCAGAUUAUGUGUAACAACUUUUCCUGACAGCAAUUUAGGCCCAAUAAGAGCCAAACAAAAAAUCACACAAAAAAAGUAGUGAAUAGUUGUAAGUUUCCCUCCAUUUGGACACUGAAUAAUUGUGACUGCCAUUUUCAUCUGAAAAUGAAAAAACAAAUGAAUUCAUAAUAUGGAAAUCAG